AUGCUAAUUGUACCAACGGCCAGAUAUCCGGAAAACUAUGAGUAUGCGCUAGAUUUCCCAAAAUUCUUGCUCAUUGGCGACUCUAUCACCGAACGGUGUGCCAAUCCGUUCCCAAUUUCUGAUUUUGUGGCAGACGGAUACGAUAAGAACGGCAGCUACGUCGUCGAACAUAGCUCCCUCGAAUUUUGUUUCAUGGGACAACUCCAACACGAUUAUGCUCGACGCAUGGAUAUCAUCAAUCGCGGAUUUUCUGGGUACAAUUCUCACUACUGGAGACACAUGAUUGAAAAGGUGCUGCGUAUCGAGCACGACUUGUCGUACAGCAAAUGCAAAGUGGCAACACUGUUUCUGGGGACUAAUGACGCCGCUCUGGCAAAGCCUGAUGGUGUUCCAUUUGAUGAGUUUCUAGACAACAUGGAGUUUAUCAUAAAACAGAUUUUGGAUAGAGAUAUUAGGCUGGUAGUCAUUGGCCCCGGUCACCAUUAUCCUGAGAUUUGGGAAUCAUUGAACCCUGGAGAUGUGGAAAAGGGUAUCCGCCGUAGGAACGAGGAAAACUUGAGAUACUCAAACGGCUUGAAGCAACUUGCCGAGAAAUUCCAAGUCCCUUUUGUGGAUUUGUAUGCAGCACAUGAGGAAUACGCCAAGAAUAGCGUGCGGAAAAGCUCCAAAAACUUGCUUUUGGAUGGGAUCCACUUCACUGGUGAAGGAUACCUGCUUCUGUAUCAGCUGUUGAAGAACGCGUUGGCCGAGAAGUAUCCGGAAAUGAGUGUGUCAAACUUGAAAAUGAGACUCCCUGGUUGGAACGAUUUCGACAGUGACGAAGUGGAAAAGAUCGAAAUUUGA